UUUCAACAGAUAACCUAAAUAGCUUCAUUCCUUGCAGCCUGUGCUGUUGUAGUUUUGCAGGGAAGUUGUCGAGCUGCAGCACAAAGUGAGCGAAUACACACUGGAAAUGGCCACCAUGGAGAAGCCUGGAGCCACAAAUGACAAGGUGUCACCGCUGAGUGUAAAGAUGGAUGAACUAAUUGGCGAGUUGGGAAAAACAGGAAGAUUCCAAAUACUUGUCUUCAUCCUGCUCUGUUUCAACUACUGCCCGCUGGUGUUUAACCACGUCAUCAUGGCGUUCUUUGGCGCUCGGAUUACACACACCUGUCACGCCGUCGGAAAUAUCUCUUUCUUUUUUCAUAAUUCUAUCAAUAAGACAGUUAUUGGUCAAGAAUAUGGAGAGUGUGACACAAGACUCUUCCUGGAAGAUGGUGUCAACCUCACCCUGGACUGUAAGCCAGGCCAAUGGACGUAUGACACGGAUGGAAGGGAGACAACUAUUGGGACGGAGUGGGACUUGGUAUGCGAUGACGACAGCCUGCGAAGCCUGGCCACGACCAUCUAUUUCUGUGGAGUGAUGGUAGGAGGACUGCUGUUUGGGUAUCUGUCCGAUAGGUUUGGCCGCAGACCCAUAAUGCUCGCCACUCUGUAUGCUCCCGUGGCCAUCGGCCUUGGAAUACACUUUGUGCCGUCCUACACCUGGUUUGUUUGUCUCCGAUUUGUGGAAGGCAUCUUUCUACAGGGUCUUCAGAUAAGUACUUACGUCCUUGUAGCUGAGAUGUUUGUCCCGGGCUAUAGGUCUUUGGCUGGUGCCAUUCUGGAAUGCUUUUGGGGAGGAAGUGUCAUUGCAGUUGCGGCCCUAGCAUAUCUCAUCCGGGACUGGCGCUACAUACAGCUGGCAAUCAGUAUACCAAGCGGUCUGGCGCUGUUUUACAUAUGCGUCAUACCGGAAUCCUUACGCUGGAUGAUCAUGCACGGACGACUGGACGACGCGGAGAAGUACGUCACCAAGGUAACCACCUUCAACAGGAAGGUCUUCCCCAAAGAGUCCUGGGCAUCGGUGCGUUCUAUGACAGAAGACAAAGAAGCGUCUUCUCAACAGCAAUACACCUUCACAGAUCUGUUCAAGACCCCUCAGAUAAGGAAGCGAAGUAUUCUCCUCUUCUACAUAUGGUUUGCAGUUGCAGUUGGUUACUAUGGAUUAACUUUCAAGAUCACAUCACUGGCUGGCAACAAGUACCUCAAUUUCUUCAUUGGUGCCUGUGUCGAAAUGCUUGCCUACCUCAUGGACAUUUAUAUCAUGGUGAAGGUUAAGCGAAGAGUUGCGAUCAUUUCCUUUGCCUUGCUGGCUGCUGUGACGUGCAUCAUAGCAGGGGCGUUGCCACCAGGAGAGACGGAUUCCGGUGUUGACAUGACUCUCGUAUCAACUGGUUUCGCCAUAGUUGGACGAUUCGCUGUGGGUGGACUGUUCAGUUUGAUAUUCAUGUAUACGUCUGAAGUGUACCCAACUGUCAUCAGAAAUAUUGGUAUGGGCACGUGCGCAUUUUGGACUCGUGUGGGUGGAGUUGUUGCACCACAGAUAAACAGAUUGGGUCAGCACACGUCCGAGGCUGCCCCCAUCAUUGUGUUCGGCGUCAUGACCGUCAUUGUCGCAGUCGCCACAUUCUUCCUACCAGAGACCCACCAGAGGAAACUUCCAAAUACCAUCCAAGAAGUGGAAGAUCCAGCCGAAAUCACCCCAACUCCUGUCUUUGUUGAAACAAGGAUGUGACAGUAUGAUUAGUUUAUAUGUUGACCUCUUUGAAGAGACAUUCAUAACAGUUUGAGUUGAUAUUCAUUCAAAGGAAUCUGUACGGGGUUGUUGCCUUUUCUAACAAAAUGACUUCAUGAUAAAAUGGCAUUUUCUUA